AUGUCUUAUAGUUCUAAUAUUCUUUUGAUACUAUCCAUCUUAUUAUGGUCACGUAAGUGUUUACAAUAAUUUAAUAGUAAUAUGUACUGCGAUAUCAUUUAUCAGAAACAAUGAGUCAAAGAUAGUUAAUUUAAAAAUAUACAAAUUUAGAUAUAAUGUUGACGUUAGCACGACCAACUCUACGACCACCACCGACCAGUCACGAGGGUUCAUGGGAAGGAGAUGAAGAUCCCGAGGCUGUCGGAGACUUCUUGCUCGAAAGUUCCUUUACCAAGAAGUUUUUGGAAGAUGUCGAACGUUUCAUUGCAUCGAUUUUUGGUGUCACUCUUGAUUAA